GCGCUUCGUCCCCUGCGAGUCGCGACGCCGACGGCCUAUAGUCCCCGCACAAAAGAGCGAGCCCCGGCCCCGACACUGCGAGAGCAGAGCCGAGCGCAUCGCGAGCAGGCAGGCAGGCAGGCAGGCAGGCAGCCCCAACCCAACGAGAGCUAGGAGCCCCGAGCAAGGUGGCGCAAAGUGCAGUGAAGUGAAGUGAAGCAGCGCGAGGGCGACGGGCCCGAAGCAGAGGGGCGUUAUGAACUGAUAUGGAACUUGCGGAAGCUGGUGUCCAGAGAUGACGAUGGUGGUGGCUGAUGAUGGGCCGGUCGGUGGCGGAGACGAGUGGUGGCAUCGCAAACGCAGUCGGAGUUGCUUCGAUGAUGGAGGUGAUGAUGGUGCCGGAGCUGCUGCUGCUGCUGCUGGUGGCGCUGCCGCGGGAGGCGACGAUCUUGGAAGUGCGAGGCGAGCGAGAACGCCUGGCUCGCCCGACGAGCGCUUCUUGGCGAUGCGGGGAGGAGGCGCGGGAGGCGAAGAAGGAGGAGGAGGAGGAGGCGCCGGGCGGGCGCGCGAGGAGGAAGAGGAUGAUGGUGCGAGUGUUUCUUGCUGCUGCGCGACCUCGUCGUCUUGCGGAAGCACAAUGCGGGACGCUGGAGCCGACGGAGCUGGCGGGGGUGAAGUUCUUGAUCCCGGAGUCGAGAAAUUGGACCCGAAAUCCUCGUCGCUGAGGGAUUUCGGAGUCUCUCCUGCCUCCGGUUCUGCUUCUGUCGCCGCUGCUGCCAUCAAAGACGCUGCGGGAAAAGGCCCCUCUCUGUCGUCUGGCAGCAGCUGCCUCAGCAGCAAUAGCUGCGCCAGCAACAAGGCGACCAAGGUCGAAGCUGCGGCGGCUCCAUCAACAGCAGCAGCAGCAGGAGGAGCGGCACCAGCAGCCGAAACGACCCCGAGGCAUUUCCGCGGAGUCCGGCGUCGGCCUUGGGGUAAGUGGGCCGCUGAGAUUCGCGAUCCCGAGAAAGGAGUUCGAGUUUGGCUCGGAACAUUUCCCACUCCUGAGAAGGCUGCGCGAGCGUACGACUGCGCUGCGCGGAGGAUACGUGGAAAGAAGGCGAAGCUGAACUACCCGGACGAGAACUCGCCGACCAAGCCCUUGACCAAGCAGGUGCAGAAGGUGGUCAAGAAGAAGCCGCAAUCUCCUGUCAGCGUCGUCCAGGGGCCCCUGUCGUCGUCCACAGAGAGCAAUGACUCCAGGGUGUCCCCGCCCGCGAGUAGGGAAGUAGCAGGCGAAGUGGAUCUCGCAAGUUUGGACAGCGGGUCGGUCGCGGACUGUCUGGACAGCUGCUCCGUGGGCGACGGAUCCACUGUCACGGAGGUGGGAGGGGAGGUGGAACAUCAGCAUGCCCAGUACGACACGAGUCACAUGGAGGAAUUCCAAAUUGAAGACAAAGUUCGAGCGAGGGACCUCUGGCAGUGGAGCAGCUUGGAGCCUCUGUGUUUUGACUACGCCAUUCCUCUCUGGACUUUCGAUGAUCUUCCCAACUUGUCUUAACCUCCUCGAUGUUUGUUGCUGCGGGCGGUUCUAGCCAGCAAUUUUUACUAGGUUGUAUAUAGUAGGGGCAGUACAGAUUAGAGGUGCAAGUUUGAUGAUAAGCACCCCGUAUAACCUCUUGGUGCUUGGAGAGCUACCAGAUGUUGUAGAGGCAUGAUGUGAAUUAUCGAUACUCAGCUCUGCGGAUGGUCAAAGGACAGAGAAUCAUUGCAUUUUUCUCCGUAGUCGAGGAGAGCAUUACUGUGUGGGAACGGGAGUCCAGCAAUCGGAUCCGCUCAUCCCCUGUUAAUAGAAAUGGUUGGUAGUACUCAAUGUUGGUCGCGGACGGGCACUUUUGUAAACUUCAAAGCUCUAUUUGAAUUUUC